GAAGCCCUAAGCCUCGCCUUUCGCUGGCGGAGAGUCGCGCGGUGCGCCCCGCGCUCCCCUAGCCCCCGACGCCGCCGCCGGAGCCCUAGGAGCGCGCGAGGCCCCGCGCACUCCGCGCUCCAGCCGGGCUCAGGGGCGGGCGCCGGGGCGGGCCCGCGUCCUCGAAGGUUUGAAUGUUAGGAUCAAGAUCGCUGGCGACGGCGGCGAGCAGACCCUGAAGCCAGAACUCCUCCUGGGCCCCCGCGCCCGCGACAUGCGGCGGGAGAGGUGCGGCGCCCCCUUCCCGCAUCCCCGCCAUGGAGGUGCUGCGGCGCUCUUCGGUUUUUGCCGCCGAGAUCAUGGACGCCUUUGACCGCUCGCCCACCGACAAGGAGCUGGUGGCCCAAGCUAAGGCGCUCGGCCGGGAGUUCGUGCACGCUCGGCUCCUGCGCGCCGGCCUCUCCUGGAGCGCUCCCGAGCGCGCCGCGCUCGCCCCGGGCGGCCGCCUAGCAGAGGUGUGCACGGUGCUGCUGCGCCUGGGGGACGAGCUGGAGCUGAUUCGGCCCAGCAUCUACCGCAACGUGGCGCGCCAGCUGAACAUCUCCCUGCACUCCGAGAGCGUGGUGACUGACGCCUUCCUGGCUGUGGCGGCCCAGAUCUUUGCUGCAGGCAUCACGUGGGGCAAGGUGGUGUCCCUGUACUUGGUGGCUGCGGGGCUGGCUGUGGACUGUGUGCGGCAGGCCCAGCCCGCCAUGGUUCAUGCUCUCGUCGAUUGCCUCGGGGAAUUCGUGCGCAAGACCCUGGCAACCUGGCUGCGGAGGCGUGGUGGAUGGACCGACGUCCUCAAGUGUGUGGUCAGCAGCAACCCUGGCUUCCACUCCCAUUGGCUUGUGACUGCACUCUGCAGCUUCGGCCGCUUCCUGAAGGCCGUCUUCUUUGUGCUGUUGCCAGAAAGAUGAACCCGGCCCUGGAACCAGGAGGCUCUGAGCCGAGGCAUUGCCCUCCUCCCGCAGAGCCCCUCCUCCCGCCGAGCUCCUUCUCUGCACACCCAGACCCUGGGGAAGUGGGGACGCAGGCUCCCCUGGGCCUGGAGCUGGCCUUCAGUGCCCACCUGUGGCCCUGCUCCGCUGUGCCUCCUCUGGAGCCAGAAGGUCAGGGUGACCUCCCGGGCCCAAACGGAAGGCAGCUGGGAACACCAAACUCUCACUUGACUCCAGGGUCCCAUCCACGAAGGGUGACCAUGUCAGGACAUUUGACCUGAAGGUGACUUGGGCCUGGCCAAGGCUAGAGGAGCCGUGGGAUCUUACCGACCCCACAGAGCAUAAGGCUCCUGUGCUGUUGCUUAAUCCAUUCCUGGAGGGAGAGUGUUCCCACCUGUGGCAGGAACCAGGCUUGGGCUCCAGGCCGACACACCUGACCUGUGAAUGCACAAACUCCUGACCUGCGAGGACGGGGUGUGUGUUCGAUUCCAAUAAAGUGUCACAGCAGGGGAAGGCGA